AAAACUUAUAUACAUAUUCACAAACACACUCUCUCUUUCUCUCUCUCUCUCUCUGUCGCUCUCGCUUCUUCACAUGACUCGUACGUUGAGAUCCCUAGGCGAGGGGAACUCGUCGUCGGCCCACAUAAUCACCACCACCGCCGAGUCACGCGAGACGGUGGCGGUGGACUCCGACUUCGUGGUGAUCCUAGCGGCGCUCCUCUGCGCACUCAUCUGCGUGCUCGGCCUCGUCGCCGUAGCUCGCUGCGCGUGGCUCCGUCGCCUCUCAAACUCCCGAAGCAACACCACCACCUCACCGCCUUCUCUUCCCCCUCCUCAGGCGGCGGCUCUGGCCAACAAAGGCUUGAAGAAGAAGAUCCUUAAGUCGCUCCCGAAGCUCACCUUCACCGCCGAGUCCGCCGCCAAAUUAUCCUCCUCCGAGUGCCCGAUCUGCCUCUCGGAGUUCGCAGCCGGCAACGAGAUCCUCGUGCUGCCUCAGUGUAGCCACACCUUCCACGUGGCGUGCAUCGAGACGUGGCUGGGGUUACACUCCUCCUGCCCCUCCUGCCGUCAGAUCCUGGUGGUCGCCACGUGUCAAAAGUGCGGUGGAGCUCAGGCUGAUGCCGGAUUCAAGGACCAGACCGAUGAUAGGUUCUUGCCCUAGUCCUAGCCGAGAAACCAAUUAAUUUCAAAUUUCGGUUCAAACGUUAGAUUAGGAUUUAUAUAUAAUUAUUGUUACAUAUUAGGAUUUUAGGGUUUGGAUGAUUUGAUUAUGAUUUCUCUGUAUUUGGUUACGUGUAUGUAAUUAUGUAUUUGAUAGAGCGUUUGAAGGUUU